GGGUAAACCGCGUUAAUAGCAAACCAACAGGGCGGAUGGCAUACGCUGACGUGCCCUAAUCCUUCAGGGAAAGGGCUUCGGUACCCCCCCCCUCCUAUAAAUCUGCCCAAUCCUCGCCUCUCUUACCGUCCAUUCCUCCGAGCUCAGAUCGUCGAUCUGGCCGUCGAUCGCAUCCGAGGAUGGCUAAUGAUUUCCAUGAGCUAAUGCUGGAGAGAUGUAGUAAGUAGACAUCAAUUAUCAACAAGCGCUUGGAUUUUGUAGCCUCAUCUGCUCUAGAAGAUUAAAGAUGAAGGUUAAUGGUGGAGUCGCAAAAGCAGUUAACUGGAGUCGUAGGUCUCUAAAAUAGUGGUAAACAUCAUGAGCCGUGUUUCUCAGGUAACUGAUUGGCAUGAUCUGUUUUGAGCUACCUCAAAUUCAAACUGUGGAAGGACUUCUCAUUCUAGACCUACCAUUCACCUAUCUCCUGUACUGCAUUGGCCUAUAGCCGAGCACCAUAGUGUUAAACUGGAGUUUUCUAUAUUAACUGACAGCAAAUUCUAUUCCAGGAAGUUUUGAUUAUGGUUGUGGCAUAUAUGCACUGGAUAUUAUUUUACCUAGUUUGAAAGUUUGUCGCUGAAUAUCUUCUAAGUUCAGUGUACAUGAUUUUGGAAGUUCAUUACAGACGGUGGAUAUUUUUCAUUGGAUAUAUGAUUUCAGACUUUCCAUUGUUUAAACAAAGCAGAUGGGGGAAGUCAAAAGCCAUAACUAAUACCAUUGCACAUUGCCAAAGUCGAGGGGGUGAACAUUGAAGCUUCUUUUAUGUCUGAGCAAGUCUCUCUCUUUUUGGUAUUAAUCGGAUUGCUUGGAGAAUAUUCUCCGACCGCUAGAAGGGAAAGGCUCUUUUGGGGGAGUUUUAGCUGCAUGCAUUACAGGUCACAUCAGCAUUCCGCACCACUUUUGGGUUGCUACUGCACGCAACCUCUUCUGAUCACGGGGGACUUUGCUGGUGUUUGUAAAGGAAAGGACAGCAUUGCCACUAUCAGUUCUUGCUACCUUUGACAGACCUUAUUUGUCUUACCAAAGAAUCAGCUUAGUGAAUAUGGCUUUGCAGAAUAUUGGUGCUUCAAACAGCGAUGAUGCCUUUUAUAGGUACAAGAUGCCUAAGAUGAUAACAAAAAUUGAAGGUCGUGGCAAUGGCAUCAAGACUAACAUUGUGAACAUGGUUGAUAUUGCUAAAGCACUGGCUAGGCCUGCUUCUUAUACAACAAAAUAUUUUGGAUGUGAGUUGGGGGCACAGUCUAAAUUUGAUGAUAAGACAGGGGUUUCUUUGGUUAAUGGGGCCCAUGAUACUGCUAAGCUUGCUGGUCUGCUUGAGAAUUUUAUUAAGAAGUAUGUGCAAUGCUAUGGUUGUGGCAACCCUGAGACAGAGAUUAUUAUCACCAAGACCCAGAUGUUAACCCUAAAAUGUGCAGCCUGUGGAUUUGUGUCUGACGUUGAUAUGAGGGACAAGCUGACCACCUUUAUUCUGAAGAACCCACCUGAGCAGAAGAAGGGAGCAAAGGAGAAGAAGGGAAUGAGGAGGGCUGAAAAGGAGAGGAUGAAAGAAGGCGACACUGCUGAUGAGGAACAGAAGAAGCUGAAGAAGGAAGCAAAGAAGAAAGGAGUCACCUCUACCAAGGAAGUAACCUCUUCAAAGGCUACCGCUGCUAAGAAGAAAGCUGGAGGUGGCUCUGAUGAGGAUUGUUCAGCUUCCCCUCUUGGCAGUCGAAAUGUUGCUGCCAAUGCUGCUGCUGAUGAUGACGAUGUCCAGUGGCAGACAGAUACCUCAUUGGAGGCAGCUCAACAGCGUAUCCAGGAACAGCUGAGUUCUGUGACAGCUGAGAUGGUAAUGCUCUCAACCAGUGAGUCCAUCCCAGAGAAGAAAACAGAAAAAGUAAACAAGGGAGUUACCAAUGGCAGUGUGAAACACGAGGAGAAAAAUGGUGCAGGCCAAAAUGCUGUCCUACCCAACAGUUAUGACACAUUGCUAGGGAAGAUCAGAAACAAUUUGAACAAGGGAUCUACCCCCAGCCAGCUCCAGACUUUUCUGGGUUCUCUGACUGCAUCUCGUCCGGAGGUUAUGGCUGCUCUCUUUGAAGCUCUCUUUGAGGGAGUGGGGAAAGGGUUUUCCAAGGAGGUUGGGAAGAAAAAGAAGUACAUUGCUGCUGCUGUCCAUGGUGAAGACUCCCAGGUGCUUCUGCUCCAUGCUAUCGAAGCCUAUUGUGGCAAGUGUAGCCCAGAAGCUGUGAAAGAAGUUGCCCUUGUUGUGAAAGUACUUUACGAUGAUGACAUCCUGGAAGAAGAGACCAUAAUUAAGUGGUAUGAAGAAGGUACUGCAGGUGGCAAGAACUCUCAGGUAUUCAAAAAUGUGAAGCCCUUUGUGGAGUGGCUUCAGAGUGCAGAGUCUGAAUCCGAUGAAGAGUGACAACAUGCAUUUUUCAUUUGCGUUUGCUGUGGCUGUCAUCAUAGCAAGUCAUAUAAGUCUGAAUGUUUCAGAGUCGUAUGUGAAGGGCUCAUCUACCAAGCCCUCGUCGGUUUGAGUUGGUCUGUGUGAUGGUCAUAUCGUCGCUGUGCAAUAAGCUUGAUUGGUGUCCAAGCAGCGGAAAACAACUUUGUUGUAAUAAGUUUGGUUCAGUCAUUUGGAUUCUUUUAUCGUUGAAUGUGCUCAUGCUGGUUUUUCACUUUUUAAUU